AUGCCUCCACCGGAUCCUGAUACCCCUCCUGACCAGGAGCUGUCAGCAGAGGAGCAGCUUAUGAUUGACGAGAUGGUCGCUGACUUGGGUACUCGUCGCCGCGAGUAUGUCUCAACAUGCGAUGAGUACCAAGCUGAUCCCAAUGUUACCCUGCGUAGCAUUGAUGCCAGUCGCCAGUCCAAUGUUCCGGGAACCUACGCUGCUCAGCAAUUCGAAGUCAAUCAAGAGUCUAUCAACGCAUGGAGAAACUUUGGCGAAUUGGUUAAAGACAUGGAGGAUCGCGACAAUCUGGAAUCCAUCAUGGAUGGCCAGAGCCAUCGCGCAGGGCUGUUAGCAAAGGAGAGGGGCAUGACAUCUCUCGGCCGUGGUGCCUUUUCUGCGCGCAGUAUGCGCGGUAGAGCCCCAGUCCGUGGAGCUCAUCAAGGCCGUGGCAGUGGAGCCAUUGGAACCCGAGGCCGUGGAGGAACUCAUAAGUAUCCUCCUAUCCCCUGCAAAGAUCCGUCACUCGAACGGAACUUUAAUCCCGAUGGAUCCCAGCUGCUACCUUAUGGAGGCCGAGGCGGAGUCCAGCAGUUCCCUCGUGGAGGACGUCACCGCAACAUUGACGACUCGGUAUCCCCCCGUUCAAGCUUUUUAUUGCAGGCAGAUCGCCCUCGGGCCAAGUCCCGCCUGGUUCCACCCUCCUGGGAAGGCCAUAUUGCGAGCCCUAGUGAUUUCAUGUCAUCCUUCAAUCGCAAAGACUCCACUAACGCCUCAGCUGCGGAGAAGGGAUUGCCUGCUCCAACCGCUGCACCGAAUGUAUCCAUUGGACCUAAGGAAUAUGUUGCACCCACGGCAUUCGUUGCACCUAAGGGAUCAGCCGCGCAAAAGGCAUCACCUGCGCCCACGGAAUCGCGUGUAUCUGAGGCAUCCGACAAGACACAGAGCGAAAAGACUAAAGCUAUGAUCGCAGUUACUGUCAAGACAAUGCAGGAUAACGCUCUGGACCGUAACUCAGUCAAGGCAAAGGCCGAGGAGAACGUGACCAAGUCCCGUACUCCACCACCAUCCGAAGUCCAGCCUCCCCAGGGUAAUCUUCUCGAGAUGACUCCUCCUUCGGUCGAGCGCCGAAAUGUAGCCGGAUUACCAUUGCUUAGUCCAGGCAUGCAAACCGAACUCACCGGACUGAGUAUCUCGUUCACUACCGCCUUGAUGGAGCAGGUCAAGACUGCUACAGAGGAUCAGAUCAAGACUGUUACGGAUUCGCAAGUUCAGACUUCCAUUGUGAAAUCGGUCGAGACUUCCAUAGAGGCCCAUGCCGAGAAGGAGCCUUCUCCUCCAGUGGCACGCACUUCUAUGUCUCGAUCUCAGUGGGAGAUGCAAGUUCUUCAACUGAGCAACGGUCUUCAUCGGCUGAUGGAAACUCGGCCUCUUGAUUUUAUUGAUACACCUUUGGAUACACAUGUUGACGUCCAAUCGAUUACUUCAGUCUUUGCGCAACCUAUAACCCCAACACACACGGGUAUGUAUGCAGCUCGGGCCCCGGAACACUACCAUGACUCUACCUCAUCCUCGGGUGGCGAGAAAUUUUUCGAUACGGAGUCUCCUUCUCCAUGUAAGGUGCACUCUCAGAUCUGUCUGCCGGAGUUCAGCAAAUUGCGCAUCUCGGAUAGCAGCUCGCCUACUCAGUUGGUUAUUGAGGGAGGCAACUCCGCUCCUCAGGCUGCUAUGGAGUUGCCCGCAAUUUUGUUUCCCAGCGCUGUUGAGAAGGCUGACAACUCGUCCACUCGUGCUGUUGUCAAUGCGGCUCCUAGCACUGUUGUUAAGUUGCCCGGUACUCUGACCCCCAGCCUCAUUGUGAAGACUACCAACUCGUCCCCUGGACUUGUUCUAAAGUCGCCCUCGAUGCUGCCUCCCGAGUUUGUUCCUCGUGCGCUUGUGGCCAAUUCCCCCACUACAACUUCCAAUGGAAUUGCUAUCGGUGUUCAAGCGCAAUCCGGUCCAGUGAAAGCAGGUGGUCUGAAUGCUAGCCGAUACGCGACUGUGGUGCCACCUCGUGGUAUUUCAUUCGCAGGUAACCUGCCUUUCUACCCGCCUUCUCGUACCUCGCCAUACGUGCAAUCACCAUACGUGCAAGUCACAAACGGAACGACCAACAAUGAGAAUUGGAACCCGCACAUUUCAGAUGGGUUCAUGCACCCCCAUACCAACUCCUUCGGCUAUCAGGGUGCACCUGCGACCACUAUCGCACGUUCGCCAGCCAUUAUCGAUGAACAGGGACGACACGAUCCUGUAAACCCCAAUGGGUUUGCCCGUAGCCGUUGGGCCACUGCCAGCAACGCACCUACCGACUUUUCGACCGCUCUCCGCUGUGUUGACCGUGGCGGAUUAACAGAUGCCAACAGCUCUACAUUUGUGCGCCCCCGGCCAUAUGCGCCCAUUAGAAUUGUGUCUCCUACCGAGGCUAACAAUGGCAACCGUGACGUUGGCAACCAUUACGCAGGCAACGUCCACGAUCACGACCACGCUCGCAACCUCGGUCUUUAG